AGCCAUCGCGCCUGCCCGGCCGGUGGCGGAGCUCGGGCGGGGAGCGGCGGGUCUCCGGGCCGGGCGGGCCCCAUGGGCGGGUGUGUGGGCUCCCAUCACGACUCCUCGGGCAGCCUCAACGAGAACUCGGACGGCACCGGAGUUGCUUUAGGUCGUAAUCAGCCCCUGAAAAAAGAGAAACCAAAAUGGAAAAGCGAUUACCCAAUGACAGAUGGACAGCUGCGCAGUAAAAGAGAUGAGUUUUGGGACACAGCACCAGCUUUUGAAGGCCGCAAGGAGAUUUGGGAUGCCCUCAAGGCUGCUGCACAUGCGUUUGAGAGCAAUGAUCAUGAACUGGCACAAGCAAUCAUUGAUGGUGCAAACAUAACGCUACCACAUGGUGCUCUUACAGAGUGCUACGAUGAACUGGGCAACAGAUACCAGCUUCCAGUCUACUGCCUGGCCCCACCUAUCAAUAUGAUAGAGGAGAAGGGAGACCUGGAGACUCUAGAUAUUCCCGAUCCACCACCCAAUUCUGGGCAUGAAUGCCAGCUUCGCUUGCGCCUCUCAACAGGCAAAGACCUCAAACUUAUGGUCCGCAGUAUGGACACGGUAUAUCACAUGAAGAGGCGACUGCAUACGGUGGAAGGAGUGGAGCCCAGCAGCCAGCGCUGGUUCUUCUCAGGCAGGCCGCUCGCAGACAAAAUGAAACUGGAGGAGCUGAAAAUCCCGAAGGAUUAUGUGGUGCAAGUCAUUGUGAGCCAGCCCUUAGCAAAUCCAACCCCAGUGGAAAACUGAUUCUUGCUUGUUUAUUGAUUCUCCAUUCCUCCUCCUCUAUCACAUGGGAUUUAUUUUCUCUGCUCUUAGUUUUCCUGCUAAUGGAUUGGUUCCAAGAAAUGACUAGCAAAAAUUCCAUCUGUGAUGGAGAUCUGCAGAAACAAAA